GCUAGCUCUCCACGGAAAUCUUCAAGACGCUUUUCGUCUCAAAACUGCGAAGCUUUCGUAUGCAACAUGGACGAAAACGAUUUACGAUCUGCUGAAAAGCUUAUUUUAGAUUUAUACAGUGGUACACUCGCGCCGGAGCAAAUUAAGGAAACCGAAAAGCAACUUCAGUUUCUUCAAAAAUCUCCUCAAGGAUGGCUUCUUGGACAUUCUUUGUUACAGCAUGAUGAUAAUUCGUAUUUACAGUUUUUUGGCGCAUUGACAUUGCAAAUCAAAAUUAACAAUGACUGGGAUACUCUUAGCCCUUCUGAUCACAUGGAUCUUUGCAAAAGCAUUCUUCAGAAACUGUUAUCGAGUCCAAACAUGCAACGUUUUGUCCUUUCCAAGUUAUUGUGUACCCUUUCUUCCCUAGUGAUCAAAUAUAGCGUCUCGGGGAGCACAAACAUCCUUAACUUCUCUAUUCAUACUCUUGCUUUGGGUGUCUUCCCUGAAGUGGAGGAUGCUAAAUGUUUUUCCUCAAGUAGCAGACCUUCUUUUACUCCCAGAAAUGCGUUUCUGGCUAUCUCUUUCUUACACGAGUUCUUCAUUGAGGCAGGAACAUCUCCUUUUACCACUCAAGAUGAGAAUAAACUGUAUAAAAUGGUUUUCGAAAUGAACGCCGAGGACGCUGUGGAGCUUCUUCGGGCCACAUUUUCGCAAGCAACUCAAAGUUCAUUCGAAUAUGGAAUUUCUAUAGAGGCGGCGAUCAGUUGCACUGCUUCGUUUGCGUCUUAUCUUUGUAAGAACGGUUCCACUAUUUCCCUCGUGUUGCCCGGACUUCAAGAUUGUUUAAAUAUGCUCAUUGAACUUCUUGCUGUCCCUCAGCUUAGCGAUAAGGUUAUGGUUGUACUUACGGACUUGCUGUCAAAUUAUCAGCAAGCAUUUUCAAAAGAGCUUACUCUGAAAUUAUGGGACAUUCUUACGGGAAGCUGGGGUAUGGGGCAACUCCAGUCCCUGCUCCAAAGUGCCUAUGAUGGAGAAACGCCUGAGGUUUACUUUUUAAAUCUUGUGAUCAGUUUUUCGGAGGCUGUUAUGGGUUACUUGCUUGAACAUUUAUCGGAACAACGGAGCGUAAAGCUACUUGACAUUAUGAUGACUCUCAUGAAAUUUCCCGGUUACGCUAUGGUAGAAGAGGAAGUUAGCUGGCGGACUAUUGAGUUUUGGACGGCAUUGAUUGAGGACUUUUCGAUGAGUGAUGCUAUUGAUGAGCCUGCUACGAAGGAACAAUUCAUUGGCAUCGUAUUUUCUGCAAUUGACAAUGCUUGGAAAAAAAUGCUACUUCCGCAAGAUGACGUUUUGGAGUCUUGGUCUUCUCAAACUCGUGACAGUUUCAUCACUUAUCGUCGAGAACUUGGUGAUCUGAUUGAGAGUUCUUAUUCAGUUCUUGGCGAGCGCUUGUACGCUACAUAUAUUAUGAACGUGGAAAACAUGCUGCGAAGUGCGGACUUGUCGUGGCAGACCUUAGAGGCUACGCUUUACUGUCUAGCUUGUAUUUUUGAGUAUGAGUGUCGUGAGAAUGAGGUUCUUAACAGCUGGCUUGUUCGCCUUUACAAAACCCGUUUUCCCCAAAAAGUUGCCGAAUUUAAGUCACCUCGUUUACUGAAAACCACUACUGCAUUGUUGAGCAAUACGUCAGCAUUUUUAAAGGAUCAGCCUGAAUUUUUGAGCUUUUCGCUCCCAGUGUUGUUUGAUGCACUUUCAAUUGAUAGAGAUGCCAUCCAAAUCCCAGUUUCAAGAGCCAUUCAAAACCUUUGCAAUACUUGUGCCGCCCUAUUAGUGCCUGAAGCCCCAAAUUUCUUAAAUGUUGUUAAGAAUAUAACACCGUCUCUCAUUAAUACGCCCUCCGCUUUGGAGCGUAUAUACAGCUCUAUAGGAUUUGUUAUUCGCAGAAUGGAAACCGCAAAUGAUCGGAUAUUCUAUUUGCAUCAACUACUCGAGUGUUUGCAUGCACAAGUUGAUCGUGAACUUACUUACAGAACUCGAAAAGAGGAUAUACAGUCAGUUCUUAUAUCUGUGCUACAAUGUAUUCAUGGCUUGGCAAAAAGUCAGAGCCCACCGAAAGGAUUUGCAAUGGUAGACGUUGAUGACGCACAGGAUGAUGUUUCUAAGUAUUGGACGGAUCCAAACAUCCAGGCUUUUCGAGAAUAUUGGCUCUCAUUUCUUAAAUCUGUUGAGCAAAUUGUUCCUGAUUAUAGCAUUGCUGCGGAUUUCAUUUGCAACAUCAUUAUUGUUGGUCUGAGCGAAAUAGAACCUACACCCUUUUCUCUUCCAACUGAUACUGUAGCUAAACUUUUUGCUGAAAGAUUUCCAAAACAUCCACUGGCGAAGUUUCUUUCGUUACUUGUAUCAUUGUUCACAUCCCCAUAUGGUCAGCGUUUUAUCUCAAAUGACGUUUUCCAAAUUAUAAUAGGAACUCUUCAGCACACGGAUAUAUGGAACAAGCAUGGCUUUUUACAAACACAAGUUGACGUAUUAUCUGAGCUAUUCCGAUUUUAUUCCGUUGCUUUUCAAAAGCAUCCAGAAACCAUGCUCUCUAAUUAUGCCGACUUUUCUCGCGAAGUAAUCGAACGGGCCAUUUCUUCAUUAAUUUCACAGGAUCGACUUGUUGAAGUGAAUGCUUCACAGCUUGUGAACACCUUCAUUAAAAUGCAUCGCAUGCUUGGACCUAAUAAAGUUGUACCAGCACACACCACGUUUCUUGAUCGAUAUCGUAAACCUAUUAUAUCACAGAUAAUUAGGGGUUUCUGCGGAGCCGCUCCUCGAAGUUCUAUUCCAACUCUUACGAAUGUACUCGGAAAUCUUAAGUUGCAAAACUUCGCAGCAACAAAAGACGUUCUUUCGGAUAUUCUACUUCACUCAAUUCCGGAAGAAAUCAUUCCUUUUUCAACGAGACAACAAUUUCUCAAAGACUUGUUAAAGGUCCACUUCAAAGAGAAGGUCAAAGACUUUUGGCUUAAAUGCAAGGGAAUUAAUGAUUCUAUAUAUGCAACUUCUAGUUGGACUUUUUAAGCAUCAUAACUCUUCCCUCAGUAUAGAUGAAUAUUACGACUUAGAUGAUAAAGUAAAUUAAAAAGCUUAUCUCAUUAUAAAAUAAUAGAACACAUAGCGGCUAUAUGUUACAGAAGUAAUAUUUGAUUUCCUUGUAGUUUUCUGAACA